AGGGGCCGCGUAGCGUGGAAUGCAUAAGGAAGAGAAGAAUCAGUUUAUAAACAUCCCAAAAGCAAGCAGCGAAAGCCUUCUUUAGAUGGCGUGAAUGGCGUGAGUGGCAAGGCAGAAAUACUUUCAUUUCACCUGCUUCCUUCCUGUUUAUUCUUUUUAUCAAGAGCGAGCGACAUAGAUAUUGCAGAUAGAGACACUAUGGAGAGGGCUCUCUUUUUGCUUCUCCUCCUGCUUUCGUCUCAAUUAGCCGAUUCAAAUGCCGAAGAAGCUUUCGAUGUUCGAAAACAUCUUUCUACAGUGACCAGAUAUGGUUUCGGGAAACCCGCCAACAAUUACUUUUCGCCUUCCAAUGUUCCUGAUGGAUGUAUUCCCAUCCACUUAAAUCUUGUGGCAAGGCAUGGAACUCGUUCCCCUACUAAGAAACGGAUAAGAGAGUUGGACAAUUUGGAAGCUCGUCUAAAAGUACUUACAAGGGAUGCAGAAGAACAGAUGUUGUCUUUGCAGAAGGUUCCUUCAUGGUUAAGAGGAUGGAAAUCUCCUUGGAAAGGAAAGAUGAAAGGUGGAGAAUUAAUUAGCAAAGGAGAGAUUGAACUGUAUGAUCUUGGAAUCAGGAUUAGAGAAAAUUUUCCAGAUGUGUUUAAUGAGGAAUACCACCCGGAUGUAUAUGCAAUAAGGGCAACUCAAGUUCCUCGGGCAUCUGCUAGUGCUGUGGCAUUUGGAAUGGGACUCCUCAGUGGGAAAGGCAGUCUUGGACCAGGACGUCAUCGAGCAUUUGCUGUUACUAGUGAAAGUCGUGCAAGUGAUAUAUUGCUAAGGUUUUAUGAUACUUGUGAAAACUACAAGGACUUCAGGAAAAGGCAGGAGCCUGCUGUUGAUAAGCUUAAGGAACCUAUAUUAGAUGAAAUCACCUCUGCAUUAGUAAGUCGAUAUGGACUAAAUUUUACAAGGCAGGAUACUUCUUCUCUCUGGUUUCUGUGUAAACAGCAAGCAUCAUUGUUGGACAUUACUGAUGAAGCUUGUAGUCUCUUCAGCCCAUCCGAGGUUUCUUUGCUGGAGUGGGCAGAUGACUUGGAGGUGUUUAUACUGAAGGGUUAUGGUAAUUCAUUGAACUAUCAAAUGGGAGUGCCAUUACUUGAAGAGGUUUUGCAAUCCAUGGAACAAGCUAUCAAGGCCCAAGAAGAAAACCUUGCUCAUGGAAGUUAUGAGAAGGCAAGACUUCGGUUCGCACAUGCAGAAACCGUGGUUCCAUUCACAUGUCUGCUUGGACUUUUUCACGACGGAUCUGGAUUUCAACAAAUACAGAGGGAGCAACCCUUGGAACUCCCUCCAAAGCCACCCCAAGAGAGAAAUUGGAAGGGUAGCAUUGUGGCACCUUUUGGUGGGAAUAACAUGCUGGUUCUGUACAGCUGUCCAGCUAACUCUUCAAGCAAAUACUUAGUGCAAGUACUGCACAAUGAAGUCCCCAUUCCAAUGCCGGGUUGUGAUGGUUCUGAUAUCUGUCCAUUCAAGGUUUUUAAGGAACGAAUAGUUGCUCCUCAUCUUAAAACUGAUUAUCAUACAGUCUGCCGUGUGAAGCUGACAAAAGCGAAGCAGAACCCUUCUAUAAUCAGUAGGUUAGCAAUGCUGUUCCGUAGGCUCUUGCUGGGAAAUGAUGAUAAAUGGUCUCGCAAAGAUGAUUUGUAGUAACUCUUUCAAGAAGGAAGUAUGAAAUACUCUUUUGUUGUUGGCACCGUCUUCGUAACUUUAUAUAUGGCCUUAGCCAGCUCUUUCUAGCUAA